AUGGAGGCAUCAACCACUGCUGUCGCUCAGGGGGAAACCUCUGCAAAGUUGAUAGCAGUGCAGGAUGAACUCACUGCUGUCAAGGAGAAAGCUGUGAGCGAAGUUACUUGGGGCGGCCGCCAAUGUACAAGUCUACAGGCUAGUACUAGCGAUGGUGCACAUCGAACUGGUAUGGUGACAUCUGGUCGAUAUUGGCUGCCAGCACCAGAGGAAAGCAAUUUGCAGCGAAUGGCAGAUAUGAAGCAGACACUCGAACAACAGAUUGGAUUGCUGAAAGAUCAGCUUGGCAAUGUCUGCCGAAACAAUGCUUGCGGCAGUGCUGAUGAGGUGAUGGAGCUCCUCAGACAAUACAGACUGACAAAAGAGAAGCACAGUGCCACUUGUGCACAACUGAGCUUGCAGCACAGCAGAGUCGAGAAAAUGGAAUUCGAAUGCCAACAGGCACAGAAGAAUUUCUUGGAAUUGAAUGAAAAGUUGAUGCAAAUCUACAAGGCAUUGGAUGCUGAACGUCGGAGGGGUUGCUUGGAUGUUUUGCAGCAACAAGAUUCCAGAAUUCGCCUUGCUCCUGAAUACGUGGAGAGUUUGGCACACAAAGCCCAGGCUGAAGCUUAUUCUGCAGAAUUGAGCAGGUGUUUGGGCGAAAGCUGGCGUCACUGCUCAGACCUUGAGUGUCAAGUUGCUGUGUUGAAACAUGAGCAUGCUUGGUGCCGUGUGGACAACGCUUUCACUCGUGCACAGAUGAAGGAGCUGAGGCUGCAUCUGUUGUCUCUGAAUGAGCGUUUGCAUGAAAGAGAGGCUCAGCUGGUUUCUGCCCACGAGGAGCUACAAUUGAAAGAACAGAGCCUGAAUAUGGCAAAUGACGAUGUACAUCGCUGCACUGAGCAGUCCGAACUCUACAAGAAAGAGAUUUGUCGGUUGAAACAAAGAGUGGAGGAGCUUGAAGAUGGGGAGACUGAGCGCUUUCAAAUGCAUGCAAGAGUGCAAGAACAGGGAGUUGCGAUGAUGCAGGAGUCGCCACAGACACACCAGGUCAGGACUGCGUAG